AUGGAUGAAUCGUCAGAUGUGGAAUCAGAGCCUGACCUUCCACUGAAGAGGAAACAGCGUAGGAGUCGGACUACUUUCACAGCGGAGCAGCUGGAGGAGCUGGAGAAGGCUUUUGAAAGAACACAUUAUCCUGAUAUUUACACUAGAGAGGAGCUGGCCCAGAGAACAAAACUUACUGAGGCCAGGGUCCAGGUGUGGUUUAGCAAUCGAAGGGCCAGGUGGCGAAAACAAGCAGGAGCCAAUCAACUUGCAGCAUUCAAUCACCUUCUGCCAGGUGGAUUUCCUCCUGCAGGGAUGCCAACACUUCCUACAUAUCAGCUGCCAGAAUCCAACUACCCGACCAACACUCAAGAUGGUGGGGCUACUGUUCACCGUCCCCAACCCUUACCUCCUUCCACCAUGCACCAGAGUGGUUUAUCAAGUCCUGACGGCAGCACUGCCUAUGGUCUGGCAACCAACCGGCACAGCUUCUCCAGCUACACUGAUACCUUCAUGAACUCUAGUACUCCUAGUAACCAUGUCAACCCUGUCAGCAAUGGGCUAUCUCCACAGGCAAGUCCUGCUUUAUCGCUUUAUGCACGAGGAUAAGCAUUUACUCAGUCAUGAAUAAAAAUAUAUAAC